AUGGACUCCCUCUCCCCCGACCGCAGCGGCAGCGACACAGACAGCACAACCAGCAUCCCCCCGCCCCAGAACCACCCCAAACACCAACACCCGAAAGGACAAUCAGUCUUUCCCCUCGCGCACCCACCCCCAAAACCCACCCAACGCCUGCGCCUCACCCCCAAACUCCUCCUCCAAAUCCAACACCUCUCCCCGAAAUCCACCCGGCCCCUCCCCGUCCUCGAAGUCUGGCAGCCCUCGCGCUUCGCUGCCCGGCCGUGCGCGACUCUCCCCAAGCUCCACGCGGGAGAUAUGUACAUCACCCAGAGCGAGGCCUACACCUCGUUAGCUGGUGACUUAGCCUCGGACUCGGAUGCCAGCCACGAAGCGGUAGCCGUCGUCGGGGUGAUCUACCACGCACCCGUACAGAAACCAUCGAAAACAGAGGGGCCGGAGCCGGUGCAGGCGGAGGUGCAUUUCCCGCUCGGGGCCGGCAGGUGGACCGCGAGCGCAACGACUGGUGGUGGGUAUCGCUUUCAGGGACGGGACGGGGAUGGGGAGUAUGUGCUAGAGUGGAUGAGGCGGGGGACUGGCAAGGGGGAGGGGAAACGGAGUACGUCGUUUUCUUCGUCGUCGACGGAUCCGGCGCCGGGGGGUGACAGUGGAAGAUUCGUGCUGGGGAUUGCAGACCCAAAGACGCGGCGGGGGGCGCGGGUGGCAUCGCUUACGAAAAGGGGGUUUGAGGUUGGGUGUUGGGCGCGGCUGCCGCUUGAGGGGCUUCGGGAGUGUGUGGGAUUGGGGCUGGACUCGUCUAAUGAUGAGUCUGACGUGUGGGAGGGGCAGUUCAGGACGGCUGUUUAUACGAUGGUUCUGACGAUGGGGGUUUGGGUUGCGGCGCAGGAGGGGUGGCUGAGUUGA